UCCGCCCUGGCUCCUGUCGGCCGGGACCCCGGCGGGUGGGGCUAAGCUGACCAGCCCCCUGUGGCUCCGCCUCUUCCCCGGUGUCUCGGGUUCUGUCCCAGCCCCGGGAGGCUCCUGCUCGCACUGCAGCCCUGUGAUGGUGUGGUGGCUCGAUUCUCCCAGUGCCUGGCUGAGUUUCGGACGUGGUUAAGAACCAACUGGUUGAGGUUCAAUGCAGACAAGACGGAUGUGAUGCUGUAGAAAAUGUGCAUCAGAUGUUUAUGUUUAAUUGGUUUACAGACUGUCUGUGGACUCUUUUCCUGUCAAAUUACCAGCCGUCUGUUGAGUCUUCCAGUCCAGGAGGUUCAGCAACAUCAGAUGACCAUGAAUUUGAUCCAUCAGCUGACAUGCUGGUUCAUGAUUUUGAUGAUGAACGAACAUUAGAAGAGGAAGAAAUGAUGGAAGGAGAAACAAACUUCAGUUCUGAAAUAGAGGAUCUUGCAAGGGAAGGCAAAAUGCCAAUUCAUGAACUUCUCAGCCUUUAUGGUUAUGAUAGUAAUGUUCGACUACCUGAAGAAGAUGAGGAGGAGGAGGAAGAGGAAGAAGAAGGUGAAGACGAUGAAGAUGCUGAUAAUGAUGAUAACAGUGGCUGUAGUGGGGAAAAUAAAGAGGAGAAUAUAAAAGAUUCAUCAGGUCAAGAGGAUGAAACUCAGUCUUCCAAUGAUGAUCCAUCACAAUCUGUUGCUUCUCAAGAUGCCCAGGAAAUAAUCCGUCCACGUCGAUGUAAAUAUUUUGAUACAAAUAGUGAAAUAGAAGAAGAAUCUGAAGAAGAUGAAGAUUAUAUUCCAUCCGAAGACUGGAAAAAGGAGAUUAUGGUGGGCUCCAUGUUUCAAGCAGAGAUUCCAGUUGGCAUUUGUAGAUACAAAGAAAAUGAAAAAGUAUAUGAAAAUGAUGAUCAGCUCCUGUGGGACCCUAAGCACUUAGCAGAAGAUAAAGUGAUUGUGUUUCUCAAGGAUGCGUCUAGAAGAACGGGUGAUGAGAAAGGUGUAGAAGCAAUUCCUGAAGGAUCUCACAUAAAAGACAAUGAACAGGCAUUAUAUGAAUUGGUUAAAUGCAAUUUUGACACAGAAGAAGCAUUGAGAAGAUUAAGAUUUAAUGUAAAAGCAGCUAGAGAGGAAUUGUCUGUUUGGACAGAGGAAGAGUGUAGAAAUUUUGAACAAGGGCUCAAAGCCUAUGGAAAGGAUUUUCAUUUGAUUCAGGCUAAUAAAGUUCGAACAAGGUCAGUUGGUGAAUGUGUAGCAUUCUAUUAUAUGUGGAAAAAAUCUGAACGUUACGAUUUCUUUGCUCAGCAAACACGAUUUGGAAAAAAGAAAUAUAAUCUUCAUCCUGGUGUCACGGAUUACAUGGAUCGCCUUCUGGAUGAAAGUGAAAGUGCGGCUUCGAGCCGCGCCCCGUCCCCUCCACCCACGGCCUCCAGCAGCAGUAACAGCCAGUCCGAGAAGGAAGACGGUGCCGGGAGCGCCAGCGCUCAGAACGGGGUGUCAUCUAAUGGACCCGGUGAAAUAUUAAACAAAGAAGAAGUAAAAGUUGAAGGGUUGCACAUUAACGGACCAACAGGUGGAAAUAAGAAACCACUUCAUGCAGAUAUGGAUACUAAUGGCUAUGAAACAGAUAACCUUACCACUGACCCAAAACUUGCCCAUGUGACUGCAAGAAAUGAAAAUGAUUUUGAUGAAAAAAGUGAGAGACCUGCCAAAAGGCGAAGGGUAAAUAGCAAUGGAAAAGAAAGUCCAGGUUCUUCUGAAUUUCUCCAAGAAGCCAUCUCACAGGGAAAAUUUGAAGAACUUGAAAACACAGAUGACUAAAUUUUAGACUCAUUUUACUUUCUUUGAAGUAAAUUCUGGCGUGACUUAAAUUUUCAGGGUUGAUGGGUUACCUUAAAAAGUUGAUUUCCUUGAAGCAGUUGGUAAAAAUUUGAAAAUUUGAAUUGAGUCCUAACUUUAGUAAAUAAGAUUUCAUAAUUCUGCCUUUUGCAGAUUUUUUACUUUAAAACUGUAAAGACCCUUUUAAGAAUAUAAUAAAUAGUUUAGUAAAUUUGAAUGGACUAAAGAUUUAUCUGUACCUUCUCAUUGAUGUAUUAAUCCUAAAAUUUCACUACAAGGUACUCUGUGCUUAGUUCGAUGGCAGGGAAGAAAAAAUCAAGUUCAAUUUUCUGCUUAAACAACUUUCUGAGUUUCUUGAAAUGUCUUUUAUAACAGACAUUUUUCUCUCCAUACAAAUUGAGUAUCAUUAUUAAGGAAACCCUUAUGAAUCCUGAAAGUUAUGCUAGCAUGAUUUUUUUAUAUAUAGAAGUUUUAAAAAUAAACCAAGUCAGGUUUGUGUAUGUAAAAUUGUUGACAUCAAUGAUGUCUUUCCAUAUUCUUAUCUGGGCUUAAGAAAUACAUUCUGUAUUUUUCCAGAUUCUUUGUAGCCUUUGAAAGAUUUUUACAGUACAUAUGUCUUGACUGAGCUGUCCUUUCUUAAUACAAAAGCUUGUAUAAUUUUCUUAACUUGUACAGUUGGUAAACUUUUAUGAGAGGAAUUGAUAUUCUGAGUCUGUCAGCUUUCAUUUUAUUUUGCUAAGGUUUUUAAUGACUUUUUAAGUGUGUGUGUAGUAAUUAAGUCAUGUUUCUUAUCCGGGUGGUAAAAGCAUUCAUAAAGGAUUGUGAAAAUUUGUUUUUCAAAUUUCUACUUAAGGACAAAUAGUUUGAGAAUUCUGAAAUUCAGCGUGAUACUUAGAUUACAUAGUUUGUUUUGCAUUUGCUAUAAUUUUCAAAAUUAUUUUUGAAGCAAGAUAAAAGUUUAAUGUUGGCUUAAGUGCUUAAAUGUAUCAUGCUGACCAGAAUCCUGUCCAGUUAUUUUUAUAUGCAUUAAAAAACCUCCCAUUUUUGCAUUAAAUAGGGGAACCAGUCAAGUGAUGUUUAGAAAUUGGCACCCACAAGGAGUUGGCAGGCAAGAAUAUUGAUUUUAUGAGGAAAAGGUGAAGUCAGAAAAGGUUUUCGACUUUCCCAGUUAGAGUCCAGUCCUUCAGGUUUGAUGGCGUACAUCCAGAUGAGCAGCAGACAUGCGAAGCCGUCGCUCUGUGUGAGUGCCCACAGGAUCGUCCGUUCGCAAAGCCUCGCAAGAGUGCCGUCUUAUUUUUAGUGCAAAAUUCUUGUUAAAAAAUGUAGUUUUAUACAGCUGAUAGACCAACCUAUAUCCAAACUUUUGUAAAAGAUUAUUAACUAUUCUUGUUUUUAUCACACAGGCAUACCCCAGAUGCUUCUACUAAGUCAUUUUUAGCCAUCAGUUCAGGAGCCGAUGCCUUUUUAAUAAGUGUUCUGUGGUCUUGAUUUACUGGCUCAGCUGGCUGACGCAAUUGAGCAGAGGUUUGCACUGAGCAGUUCUGGUUUAGGCCUUACCCCCAUGAAGUAUUAUUAAUAUGUUCAGACGGCUUCCCUCCGCCAAUGUGAACAGCGUUCUUCCCCCCAACAGUGUUAAAAGCCACUUUCCAACACUUGACUUCCUAUAAUGUACAUUCACUGUUGUUACAAACAUAUCCAAGUAAAUCAAAGUUUUGGGUGGACGUGCUGAGAAGCGUGAAUUUUUGGUUGUUUUUGUUUUGUUUUACCUGGAACAUGAAUUUCUCCAGAAUGGCAGCUUUAGCAGAUGGCCACAGUGCAUUUUCUAAAUCGGAUUCUGUAAAAUGAAUCCAGAGUAUUGCAGCUCUUUGUCAGACGAUCUGCAGAAAUGUUGCAAACAAAUAGUGAUGCUGUACUUUUUAAGUUGCAACAUUGGAGAUGCCAUUUUCACCUUUUUUUAAAAGAUGUAUUUUGUUUGCAGGUUUGUGAAGUUCUUGCAAACUGAUAUUACAGGAACAAUUUUAGUAAAUUCUCAGGCAUGUUUGCAAAUAUGGCACACGUAUACAUAUUAGGAAAUUUUUUCUUGAUCUUUUUAAGGAAAGACAUUCCACUAUUAUAAUGCAUAAUUGCUCAGCUUUUCGUAAAGAAAUAUUUAAUUGUAUUUUGUGUUUAUACAGGUAUUUCACACAGUACUUUGUUCUUCAUAAUGCAGCCACUAUAACUUGAUAAGUCAUUGCACUACUUUCAGAUUUUUACUAAUAUCAUGAAUUUGUUUAAGAUUUAAUACAUUUCAUAACUCUUGAACUCUUGACAAAUUGCAUUGGGAAAAGAAGCCUUGUUAAUAGUUACUUAGCCUUCUCCACCCCAAACCGCCCCCCUCCCCCAGCAAAGCACUAUCAUUUUCAUUUGGAAUGGUGUUCUGUUUUAUGAUGUGUUUUCAAAUAGAGUUCAGAAUCUGCAACUCAGUUCAACACAAAUCUGUUGAGCGUUAAAAUGUAUUUGAAGUAAUAUUUAAAUAGGCAUUUAAAAUUAUGAAUUACAUGUUUUUAAAUUUAUGCAUAGUAAUUUUGCACUGUAAAAUAAUUCCCUUCUCCCAUUCCCUGUCUGCCAUUCUGAAUAUGCUUAUUAAAAUAUUUUUUUAAACAUGA